AUAAGUUGUUAGUUUUUUUUCUUUGGUAAUCUUCCUCAACUCUGCUUUUAAUUAUUUGUUAAACGAUGUGAAUGGAAAGAGAUAGGAUCACUUUUGGUUGAAGAGCUAAUCAAGAAUACCAUUAUGUUAUGCUCUAAUUCAGAGGCGUUCAAAGACGUUUAGACAGAUCUUGUUCUUUUCAUCGGGAUCGUCAUUCAUCUCUUGUAAACACUAUCGAAGUCAUUCAUCUUAGCUAGGUGCCCAUGUCAAGUACGUCAGUCAGACUUGUCUGACUUAGUCACAUUUUUAAAGUUAGCAUGCGUGAUAAUCAAAAUCUAUACGUCCAUCCAUCCAUCCAUAAGGACCAUAACCUUAUAAAACAAACAACAAAACACGCACCACCAUGAUUAAUUUUCGUAACAAAAUUUGAGCAUGGAGAUACUUCCUUGUAAUCCUAUUUUUCUCCUUCUUCCUCUGCUUUUCCCAUUUCUAUAUUUUCUCAUUCCAUUAAGAACCAGAAAGGAUGACCAGUAUCAAAACCAACUUCCACCAUGUCCUCCUAAGCUUCCGCUCAUUGGUAACUUACAUCAACUUGGAACACCGAUUCAUCAAGUACUAGACAAACUAUCUAAAAUAUAUGGUCCAGUCAUGCUUCUACAACUUGGUCGGGUAUCAACACUCAUAAUCUCCUCCGCCGAAGCUGCCGAACAAGUCUUGAAAACGUACGAUCUUGAUUUUUGUUCUAGACCUUCACUUGUUGGACAUAAACGUUUAUCGUACAAUCACUUAGAUAUUGCUUCUGGACCUUAUGGGGAGUAUUGUAGAGAGAUUCGGAAAAUAUGCGUACUUGAACUUUUCAGUACAAAAAGUGUGCAGUCUUUUAAGGCAGUCAGGGGAGAGGAGAUUGAUGUGCUGAUUGAUUCCAUAUCAUCUUCUUCAAAUACUAAUAUUCCCAUUGAUGUUUUCCAAAAGUUACUAAGCUUUACACAUAGAACGAUUUGUAGGGUUGCUUUUGGGAGUAAGACUGGUGAUCAUGGUAGGAAUCAACUGGUCAAUGGCAGGCUUAUGGAAAUCCUUUACGAGGUCAUGGUUGUUUUAAGUGGUUUCUCUGGGUCCGAUUUUUUCCCCAAGGUAGGUUGGAUUUUCGAUAGGAUUACUGGAAGCCAUGGUAUAACUGAAAAAUGCUUUCAUGAUUUGUAUAAAAAAUUUCAACAAAUUGUAGACGAACAUCUGGACCCGGAGAGACUCAAACCAGACCAUGACGAUAUAAUAGACGUUCUGCUGAAACUAGAGGACCAGACGAGUACAAUUCGUCUUACGAAUGAACAUAUCAAAGCAAUUCUUAUGAAUGUAUUUCUUGCUGGAGUAGACGCACCAGCUUCAACAAUGAAUUGGGCAAUGACAGAACUGGCUAAAAAUCCGGAAGCAAUGAAGAAAGUUCAAGAAGAGAUUAGAAACCAUGUGGGAUAAAAAGGAAAGGUAGAAGAAUCAGACCUUGAUAAUCUCCCCUACUUGAAAAUGGUAAUUAAAGAGACUCUACGGUUGCACACACCAGCUCCAUUGCUAAUUCCAAGAGAAUGCAUGAAACAUAAUAAGAUUGAUGGAUAUGAUGUAUACCCAAAAACAAUGGUCCUAAUAAAUGCAUGGGCAAUCGCGAGAAAUCCCAAGUAUUGGAAAAAUCCAGAAGAGUUCUUUCCACAUAGGUUCAAAGAUAGCUCGAUUGAUUUCGUAGGAAGUCAAAAUUUUGAAUACAUACCUUUCGGGGGAGGUCGAAGGGUUUGCCCUGGAAUGAACAUGGGAAUUGUGUUGACGGAGCUCGUCCUUGCCAAUGUUUUGUAUGCCUUCGAUUGGGAAUUACCAAAAGGAAUGAAAAAGGAAGAGGUAAACAUGGAGGAAUCAUCAGGGAUUAAUAUUCGUAACAAAUAUCCACUUGAGCUUGUACCCAUCAAGCAUAUGGUUAAUUAGGAUUAAGAGAAGAUAAAAUUGUGUGCCAAAUAUUCAUAUGCAUGGGUGAUGUGCUUUAAAAAAAGUUGUUGUCAAGUUGUUAAUGUGCUUCAGUAAAUAAAAUGAAGUUGUAAUAUAUGGAUGGUGUAAUGCUAAUUGUUUUUCUUAAUUUAUACUGAAU